AUGGGACGGGACGGCGGUGGCGGCGUCGCCGGCGGCAUGUCUGACUCGGUGCUCCGGAAGGUGCUCCUCUCCUACUUCUACGUUGCGGUGUGGAUCUUCCUCUCCUUCUCCGUCAUCGUCUACAACAAGUACAUCCUCGACCCCAAGAUGUACAACUGGCCCUUCCCCAUCUCGCUCACCAUGGUGCACAUGGGUUUCUGCUCGUCCUCGCCGUCGCGCUCGUCCGCGUCCUCCGCGUCGUCGACCUCCCGACCUCGCCCUCCAUGA